UUGACCGUGUGGUGCUUUUCUAGAGCCAGAGCAGAACGAGCCGCCCGUCUGCUGGGUGGAGAGACGGAGGAAAAGUUAGUUAAGAUGGCAAAUAAUAAAAUAAGAAUAAAAUAAAGUCAAAGAUAAGCUGAGCCCGUCGCCGGUCCUCGAGACAAACACCAACGAUGCGAACUGCUCCACGAGGCUUAAGAGGGAUUCCCUGAAGAAGAAGAAGAAGAAGAAGAAAAAUGCCAGUGAGGCUGAAGCUGAUGUGACACAGCGUGUGCUGGAAGAAAGCUGACUCAUCGUAUAUCAAACCCUUCUGGGAGCAACUAAGCAGCCGAGAGCAGCUCAUAUCGCCAAAUGCCGAGCUAGAGGAGAGCCUUUACACACACACACACACACACACACACACACACACACACAGAGGAGAAGACUACGUUGCAGAAAACCACCUCCUGCAGGAAUAUAUCCAGCACCAGCAACGGCCGAAACUAUUUUUGGGUCCAGAAGUUCUAAAAGUGACUGCUAUCCCAGCCGCUAACAAGGCUAAGAAUGGCGUCCUGGUGCUCCAGCUGAAACUCACCUGCUGACACCUGUAGAAACAUCAACAAUCAGCUGAGAAGACCACCCAUCCUCCAUAUUUUUUCACUCCACCGCCACAGUCCGGUGGCCUCGCAGACCAUGAUGUUUCGCGAUCAGGUGGGCGUGUUAGCCAGCUGGUUCAAGGGGUGGAACGAGUGCGAGCAGACGGUGGCUCUGCUGUCGCUGCUGAAGAGGGUGAGCCGGACCCAGGCCCGCUUCCUGCAGCUCUGUCUGGAGCACUCCCUCGCCGAGUGCACCGAGCUGCAGGUCCUGGAGGGAGAGGCCAACAACCCAGGGGUGAUCAGCCAGUGGCAAGGCGAGUCUAAGGAGCGCGUCAUCUCGCUCGUCCUCACCCAUCUCCCGCUGCUCAAACCCGGCAACGUCGAAGCCAAAGGCGAGUACAUGCGCCUGCUGCCACGCAUCCUGGCCCACACCAUCGAGCACGGCCGCCACCUGGAGGAGUCUCGCCAGCUCCUCUCCUACGCCCUCAUCCACCCGGCCACCUCCCUGGAGGACCGCUCCGCCCUGGCACUCUGGCUCAACCACCUGGAGGAGAGGGCCGCCGCCCGGGGGGACUCGCUGGAGAGGCCUCCUCCCUCCGGCCCGCACCACCACCACCACCACCAGUCCACGCCUCCGUCUACGCUCUCCUCAUCAGGCUCUUCCUCAUCCUCCACUAACACCUCUUCAUCAGGCAACCCCUACUCCUUGCAUCACCACCAGCGCUACAGCUCGGACGACCGCCUCAACGGGUGGCAGAGCUCCAGGGACUCGGGGCUGGGCGGAGGCUGGCCUCAGCAGCAGCAGGGCUGUGAGAACGGGCACCUCCUUCUCUACCCAUCGUCCUCUGUGCCGGCAACCAUCAACGCUGUGGGAACCGGUGGAGGCGGCAGCACCACCCUGACGAGUGGAGGAGGCAGCCAGCAGCACAGCCCUCUGAAGCGCUCCGUGUCCCUCACGCCUCCCAUGAGCGGCCCCAGCAACCAGCCUCUGGGCCACGUCUGGCUGUCCCAGGAGGACUUGCGGACCGCCAGAGGCCCCGCACCCGACCACGCGCCUCUCUCGCCCCAGAGCAGCAUCGCCUCCUCGGGCAGCGGAGGCAGCGAGCACCUGGAGGAGGCCGGUUUAGGAGGAGGCAUGGGCCUCCAUCGCAGCACCUUCCACGACGAUGGCAGCGGCAUGAGGGAUGUUCCUGCCUGGCUGAAGAGUCUCCGUCUCCAUAAGUACGCCGCUCUCUUCUCCACGAUGACCUACGAUGAGAUGAUGUCGCUGACUGAAGAACAGCUAGAGAAGGUCACGAAAGGAGCACGGCACAAGAUUGUUAUCAGCAUUCUGAAGCUCAAAGAGAGGCAGAACCUACUUCGCAGCUUGGAAAAGGAUGUGUUGGAGGGCAGUAAUCUGCGCGCCCCGCUGCAGGAGCUCCACCAGAUGAUCAUGACGCCCAUCAAGGCUUUCAUCGGCGGAGAGGAGGCCUCCCUGCAGCGCCACCUGCUGGGCCCCGAGGGCAAGAGCGCAGCGCCCGGCGCCCACCUGUCCGGGGUCGGCGGAGGGGAGGCGGAGUCGGGCGCGAGCGUCAUCGCCGAGGGGGAUCUACCCGGCCAGUUCACUCGUGUCAUGGGCAAAGUUUGUACCCAGCUACUGGUGUCGAGGUCAGACGAGGACAACAUCAGCUCCUACCUACAACUCAUCGACAAGUGCCUUAUCCAUGAGUCUUUCACCGAGACGCAGAAGAAGAGGCUGUUGUCAUGGAAACAACAGGUCCAGAGGCUGUUCCGGUCCUUUCCAAGGAAAACCCUCCUCGACAUAGCAGGGUACCGGUCGCAGAGGAGCCGUUUCGGUCAGUCCAACUCUCUCCCCACCGCUGGCUGUGUCGGAGGCAGCGUGUCGGCCCGGAGGAGCCUUCGACAGUUCCAGAUGCCCUCCAGGAGUCUGCCCGGAGCCCGGCCCCUGCUGGGCAGCGGGGGGCUGCUGGGACCCACACCUCGAAGCUCCAGCAGCACACCCACCGGACUAAAGCAGGGGAGACAGGUGAGAGAGGCCAGCAGGAUAGGGGAGACAGCAGAAGGGAGGUGCUGGCCUGUGGAUCAGGGCCCUCUGGUCCCCCCCACCCACCCCCCGCACAUGGACCACAGCUUUGUGGAGUCCUUCAGACCCAUAACAGUACCUCAGACCCCAAAACAAGACGAGCGGAGCCAGGAGGAUGUUUUCACAGAGGACUGA